AUGGCAGAAGAAUUCGAUCAAGUUUUGUUGAAGCGAUUCGACGAUUGGCUUGGUGAGCAAAUCAAAGCCAAGAAUAUCUUCAACCAAAACGGUGCCAAUCAGGUAUGGAUUCACGCCGUCAACGUCGCUCGCGAGCUGGGGAUUCCCAGUGAGUUGAUCGAGAAGAAUGUGACACCGUUUCCGUCCACUCAGGUGGGCAUUCAUUUAGAAAAUCCGGGCGUAGAAGCACUGGCAAGGAUGAUUGCCGACCUGCGAGAGCAGGCCAACGCCGUGAGCGAAGAACCUGGAGGCAGUGACAUCUCUACCACCGAAGCAACUGAUUCACCGAGUUCUAAACCGCUUCGAGACCUGUUGAAGCGAUGGACUCUGCCGGCACUGGUCACCUUGCUUGGCAGCGGCCUCUCGAUCUUCUCACUCUUCUUGAACAGCGAAGAAAACAACCCAACACCAGAGCCAGCCGAACCGCCUGCAGCAGUUCAGCAAGAAGGCUCCCAAGGCCAUGCCGCACAAGACGCUUUAAAGCAGGCCCUCGAUCAAGCCAUGCAGGGCAUUCUUGGAGGCGGUCAAGACUUCCAGAAGGAGAUGGAGGACCAACGAAAGCAGUUUGCCGACGCACGCAACAACCUGUUCGGCAAACUCAGUGGCUUCGGCGAGAAGAAAGAGAACGCAGAAGGUGUGGAUGAACUCGUUGAAAUGCUCAACGGCAAUCCGCUCCUGGUCGCUCCCGUGACCAUGUACGCGAAGGCACUGGCCGCGAAGAUCGGCAUUGUCGUCAACGAAGUCUUGCAGGAACAAGCUCAGAACCUGGCCCAGCUUCAGCAGGAAGUACAGCAGGCAUCUGACUCGAAUCAGCCCAACAGCCUUGCCCGGGUGGCGUGUGCUAUCCGCAGCAGCAACCUCAACAACAGCCUUAUCAGCAACCAGCUUACUCACCACAACAGCCGCAACCGUACUACGCACCGCUUCGUUGGAAUCGAGUAUCGCGGCCAGUCAUUGGCCCCGAUGGUCAGCUAUACAUGCUGCACGUACGUGGCUACUUCCGUGGCUUUGGGCCCUUUGGUCAGCGGGUAUGGGAGAAGCAAUAAGAGUAGGCUUCAGCAAAAGCACGGUGGCAAAGAACGCCUGGAACAACUGGCAAUCAAUUCUGCCGAGCACAGGUCCACAAUUGCCGCCGACCUUCGCGACAAUAUCGAUGCUCUCCGUGUGCGUGCUGACGUCAUUCGUUCAACUUGCACCGCGACAGUAGACCAUCUGCGGGCGUAUGAAAACGCGUCGGAAUCGACGGAUAACGACGCCACAGGAUCGCCUGUGGUGCACGAGGAUGAUGGCGAUGACGACGCACACACGAUCGAAAAGAACGCGGGAGGCGACGGCACAGGCGAUGAGGUCACGGAUGAGGAGGCGCGGGGACGAAGCGGCAGUGUGGCAAAGAAAAGUGGAACGGAAUUCACAAGUGGCGAUCCUUUGGCGGCUAUCGACGCGGACUUGGUUCGGUCGGCAGUCGCCAAGUUGCGUGUGGGCGACCGACUCACCAGCGACGAACGUCGAGCUUACAAGGCGUUCGAGAAGAAGCGCGAAGAAGAGGCGAUGCGUCGCCACUACUCCUCAGUGCCCCAGAAAAUGUGGCGUGAGUGGUCUGGGCGGCAAACGAAAGUGCUCAAAGACCAGGCUCAGCGGUAUGGCAUACCGAUCGGAGCCACGAUUGACCUAUCGGAACUCGCGUUGUGGCUGCACGACUUCUUUGCCAAACACGGCCGCAAGUUCUCCGCUCCCGAGACUGACGACCCCGAGUUGCAAGGCACUGCAAGCCCGGCGUUAGAAGAGCAGCGGCGAGAGAAGGCAAUCAUGCUCAGGCUUCAACGCCUCGAGCGCGAGGGAACGCUAGUCGACAAGGCGUACGUCGACGACAAGUUGGAACAGCUGGCCGCGGUUCUCCGAAGGGCCGGAGAGCGAUUAGAGCGUCGAUAUGACAGCGACGCGAAGGCGAUCUUAGACGAGGCGAUAAAUGGUUUCCGCCGUGAGCAUGCCGCAAUGUGGCCCGGCGACGUUUCAAAGCGUUGA